UUUAUGGUACCCGAUUACAAAUUUCUGAUCCACCAAGGUUACCAAGCUUUUACGCCUUUCACGUGGUACCUUCCAAUACAACUACUUGUCUCCAUUGUUGACUUUCCAACCUGCAUUCCUUCACGCACAAGCUACAGUCUUGUUAAACCUGAAGACCCCCUGUUUCCCCAAUUCGUUAAAUUUAGGGCUAGAGUUAGAAGCUCCAGGUCAUGGCAUCCGCUAAAAUCCCUGCGCUCAUUGCAUUAGUAUUCUGCAGCUGUAUUCUAUAUUGUUCUGCGCAAGCCGAUUCAAAUCUGACGGCUUACACGGUAUUAGAACAGUACGGAUUUCCAGCGGGCCUGUUGCCGACAAGUGUGAAGGGUUAUACCCUAAAUGAGGACGGAAGCUUCGAGAUUUAUUUUGAGGGUUCUUGCAGCUUCAGCCUGGAAUCGGGUUACAGUCUGAAAUACAAAGAGCGCAUCACGGGGCACCUUUCGACGGGAUCUCUGAAGGAUUUGAAGGGCGUCAGCGUUAAGGUAUUGUUCUUCUGGCUCACCAUUGAUGGAAUUGUUCGCGAGGGGGAUAGUUUGGAAUUCUCUGUAGGAGUUGUUUCGGCUUCCUUUCCUGUUGAUAAUUUUAUUGAAUGUCCCCACUGUGGCUGCGGGCUUGACUGUAAUGGCCUUCUCAGGGCCGAAGCCUAGAUCUGAAGUUCUGUUAGGGUUAGGGUUUCAGUGAGUCAAAGUGUAGUGUUUAAGUUUAAUUGGAGUUAUUGUGUGGGUGAGGUAGAUGUGUGUAGACUGAGUAAAUUAUAACAAUUUAAAUUUAAUAAUGUUCUAUAUUUAAAGGUUGUAUAGUUCAAUUGGUCAAGUAGAACUGGCAUGGACAAUGGUGUAUGUUCUUGGACUGUCAUUCAAGAAUGUUUAAAUUUCUUUCUUGGAGCUGCAAUUGGUUCAAAGGUCAAUCCUUUGGUGACUUUGACAGGUUGAAUCCCAUGGCAGUUUAGCUGAGUGCAACCUUUGAUUUAAAUGUAGGCCCACUUAUAACAUUGUAAUCCACUAUAUAUAAACAAAUAUAUGAAUAUAUGUGUAAUCCAUUUAUUUGGAGUAUAAAAAUAUCAUGGUUUUAAAGGACA